GCCGACGCUGCCCCCGAAGCCCGGCCUGCUUCCCAACGCGCCGUUGCCGGGCUGGGGCCACGGCCCGCCCUGCAGCCACCGCGUCCCCGGAUACCGACGGCCGCCCCGGCGACGGCCGCGUCCCCAACGGCCCAUUGCGGAGACUCUUGAGGAGCUGCAGUAUGCUGCCCUAAUGGAUCCUUAGCAUCAGCCCUUCUGUGCGAGUGCCCGGGAGCGCUGCCAGGCCGUGCUGCUGGGCGUGGGGCUGCCGGCCGUGUCUCCUCUCACCCGCACACGGUGAGCACAGCACAGGGGCAGGGAGAGCCGCCGGCACGUCCAGGGUGCUGCAGCAACGUCCUGAGAGAGCUUCAUCCUGUUCUGAGCUGUGCUGGGAAUGCCGCUUCAGCCGGGGGCGUAACCGUACUCAGGGUGAACCAAAAAAGCAGAUGGCCAUUCCCAGAGCAAAGCAGGUGCAGCCGGAAGGUUGGUUUGCUGUUUAAAUGCAUGCUCACCAUCUUCCAGCCCUUUUCUGACCACAGAAAAGCCAUCAGAAGCCCCGUUUAGCUGUGACUGGCCUGGGGGACGGAGUGACACAGAUGCUUUUUGAUAGAGGGUGAAGGGCUGAGCAAGGAGAAAGCAUUUUCCCCAGUCACCUCACCUCUGUCAGUGCCACCUCGCUGCCGUCCGGCUGUGCUGUGCCCUUCUGCAAAAGCCCAGCAAGCACCAGGAGCUCAGUUUUCAGCAGGGUUGUGCAGUCAGUUCUCCCCUCUUUCCUCUCAACAGCAGAGGCAGCAAGCUGGCAAAGCCCGCUGCAAAGCUUUCAGGGAAAGAGAUCAUGCCGGCUGAGGCAGCACAAGCUGGGAUUGUGCACAAGCAGAGAAGGGAUUGAAGGGCUGUAGGGCUGAGGAAUGCUGUAGGGCACGGUGCUGAGGGGCGCUUGGCUUCUACUCAUGACAUCUUCCUUUUGACUCUGCCCUUUGCCGUGAGCCAUGCUCUGGGUCUUAUAGGAAGCCGCCCUCACUUCUGAUGCUGCCAGCCCAUGUCCUGCCUGAUGCUGCUUUUAGGUGCCUCUAACCCAUAUGGCCCAGUAAGGAUCAGCAUGGCUCUGCACACCCUGACGUAGGGUCAACAAGGCUGGGCACUUCUGCUGGAGCCAGGAUUCAAGAGGCAGGCUCAUUGCUCGUACCCAUCAGGGCUUCCAGACUAUCGCUGCACACGUGGAUGUAACAGCUGAGGUUACAGCUCCUGAGGUUGGGGUGGGAAGCAGCAAAUGGGAAGGUUUAGUCUGGGAAAGCUCUGCACGGCUAAUAGGACCGAGCAUCCUGCCUUCUGCUCCAGGCUGGUUCUUUUAGCUCUUAUCUGCUGAUGCUCAGGGUGGGUCUGGACAGGUCUGAACCGUCUCAUCAGUUAAUGGAUGUUUGGAAGGAGUUCAGCAGGAGAGUAAUUGAGCGAAGUAUUAAAAAGUGCAUGCACUUAUAGUAAGCAUCUGUCUGUAAAUACAGGCAAACUGGAUCAGACCAGGAGAUGAUGUGGCCUGGUAUCCCCUUCUGGCAGUGACUAUAAGCAGGUGGAAAACCACAAGUAUGUGUUCCUUUCUUCCAGUACUCUCCCCGCCUCCAACCAUCUUCUUCAGCUCAGACUGAGCCAGGUGUGGCUUCUGAGCACUGACUCUUUCACACAGGGUUUCUUUUCCUUGAACUUCUCCUGCAGCCUCUGCAGACUGUCAGCACCUGCAGCAUCCUGCGGCAAGGCAAGGCAUUCCCCAGUGAAGAACCCCCUUUUCCCUUUGGUUUAAGCCCAUCCCGACAGCUUUGCCUAUUUCUUUUCUGGAACAGACAGCGAGCAAUCAAUUCUUGUCCAUCCUCUUCAACAGCACUUGAAUUAAUACCGCCUUAUUAUCUGUUUAUCCCAUGUGCUAUCUAAAGACCUCUUUGUGCAAGGCGCUGCAUAAAGAUAAGGCUCAACAACACUUGCUUUGUUGCGGUGCUCUGGGUGCAAGCAGAGCAGCAGAAGGACUGGCUGAGACUGUGUGAUGAAAUAGCAUGAGCCGAGCACCCGUCUGGCCAGCCUCCAUCUAAGGCUGCCUUUUUCUUGAUCAGGCAGCCCGGCUGGAAAGCGCAGUGGUGUUUUCCUGAUCCCGAUCCAUUCUCCUCGUGCUUCUACCGAAGGAGCAGCGGGCCCUGAGCAGGAUGCAGCAGGCGGUGGGGGAUGGGGGCAGAGCUGUCCCCUCGCUGCGUGCUUCCCAAAGCAGGCUCAUGGCUGACUCGUUCUGCGUGCACCGCAUCAUCGAGGAUCCCGAGUGGUGCCUCAUCGCCGUCCCCCCCCUCACCGAGCUGUGCCUGCAGCACAUCGUCCAGAAUUUCACAAACAACCCUGUUUUAGAUCGUCUUCCGCCUGAGGACCAAAGGAAGGUGCUGGCCAGGCUUCCCACAGGCCUUCCGCUCACUGUCACCGCCAACCUAAUAAGUGAUGAGGGCUACUGGAAGAGGUGCUGCACCGAGCGCUGGCAAGUGUGUGACAUCUCCAACCACGGAGGCAGCUGGAAGCGGAUGUUCCUUGAACGUCACCUGGAGAACAUCCUGAAAUGCUUUGUCCCCAACACCACGGACCCCGACCGGGUUCUGGAGCUCAUCCCGCUCUGCAGAGACUAUGUGCGGAAACUGGAGGUUGAUCAGUUCCUGCCACCCGUGAAGGAGGAUGAAAAGGAGGAGACGGAUGACCUUUCCGAUUCAGGGAGUGAUUUGGGGUUUGGCGAGGUCUACAUUCAUCACUAUGACCUGGGAGCCCUCGUUCCUGCUCUCCCUCUCCUUGAAGAGCUUCAUCUUACUUACGGCGUGAAGGACUGUGGCAUGAACUUUGAGUGGAACCUCUUUAACUUCACCUACCAGGACUGUUGCAACCUGGCUGCUGCCGUGAAGAUGUGUCACAACUUGAAGGUUUUCAAGCUGACACGCAGCAACGUGGAUGAUGACAGGACCAGACUGCUGGUCCGCAGCUUGCUGGAUCACCCCUCCUUGGUGGAGCUGGACUUAUCCCACAACCUCAUCGGGGACAAGGGGGCACAAGCUGUCAGCAAGCUCCUCAACCACAGCAAGUUAGAAAUCCUCCAUCUGUGUAACAACCAGAUCCGUGAUGAGGGUGCCCAGGCUCUGGCCCAAGCGCUGGCAAAGAACUGCACCCUGACCUCCCUGAAUCUGCGCCUCAACCACGUGGAGGACAAGGGUGGGGAGGCGAUGGGCUGUGCGCUGCUGACCAACACCACCCUGAAGUCCCUCCACCUGGGAGGCAACAGGCUUGCAGAGCCGACAGCUGUGCUUUUCUCCCAGGUCCUCACUCAGAACUCCACCCUGACUUGUAUCAACUUCUCAUGCAAUCCCAUCGGGCCGGAUGGUGGGAAGCAGCUGCUCGAAGGGCUCAGGUGUAACCAGACCAUGACAGAGUUUGACCUCCGCCUGGCAGAGGUGGGCGAGGAGAGCGAGUACCUCAUCAGCCAGAUGCUGUGGGCCAACAGGGAUGCUGCCCGCCUGCAGCCUGUGCUGCAGCAGCCUGCUGAGCCUCUCUGACCAGACAGCUGCAGCAAGCAAGUAGCUGAAGGAUUCUCUCUGCUCUUUUUGCUGCACGCAGCCAAGACUACCAGCACCACCUAACCACCAUCCCAAGCAUGCUCCUGGGCUGUGUGCCUCCUGUGAACUGCUUGGACACCACAAGAGACCAGCAGCCUAUUACCGCCAGUGUGCGAGGCUUCAAACCGUGGAUGAAUUGGUAACAAUUAAAGCCCCAACAGCUGAUAGCACCA